GUGUGUAUGUGUGUGUGUGUGCGGACUCCGCUUCGGGGGGACAAGGUGAGGACAACAGCUCGAGUUUUUUGGGAGCCAGUGUGUGUAGAGAUCCAGACGAGGACAAGUCGAAGAGCACCGGUGCCGCUGCGUCGCGCGUCCUGGACCCGAUAUCCCGAGGGCUCUGGUGAGACCAGUGGAUGUGAUUCCCCGCAGAGGGAACAUUGAAAGAACACCAUGGCCUUAGCGGGUUGCCCUGACUACUUCCUAUGCCACCCCAACUACCAGGAAACCAUGGACCGGGCUUCCUCUCACAGGCCUGAAGAGCUAAUUGUCCCGGGUUUUCAGCGCUCGGCCAAUCAAAACUCUCCACAUCACCAUGACGAUGAUGUGGAUCUGGAGCAGCUGGUGAAUGAGAUGAACUCCUCCAUGGAGAGUGUGUACUCGACGCAGGCCGACACGGCACUGCUCCUGCACAAUGGCCACAUGCACGGUGGCCACCACCACCAUCACCACCCUCACGUUCACACUGCCCACCCCGCGCGUGGCCAGGCCCACCAGCGCCCUGCCCCACCCCUGCAGCCCUCUUCCCCGUCCAGGGAGCGGCUGCGGCGCUCUCAGCCCAUGCACAUCCAGGCUGUCAGGCGUUUGCAGGAAGAGCAGCAUUUGCGCCCGUCCUCCAUGCCUGCCAUCCCCAACCCUUUCCCUGAGCUCUGCAGCCCAGCGGGCUCCCCCAUCCUCAGCCCCAUCCAGACCUCCGACAACCACAUAGUGAAGGUGUGGAGCGAGGAUGGGGCCGGGAAAGUGGUGGAGAUCCCGGCCGACAUGACGGCCCGAGACGUCUGCCAGCUCCUGGUCUACAAGAGCCACUGUCUGGACGACAACUGCUGGACGCUGGUGGAGCACCACCCCAUCCUCGGCCUCGAGCGGUGUCUGGAGGACCAUGAGCUGGUGGUUCAGGUCCAGGCCUCCAUGAGCAGUGACAGUAAAUUCCUCUUCAGGAAGAACUAUGCCAAAUAUGAAUUCUUCAGGAACCCCCUGAAUUUCUUUCCAGAGCAGAUGGUGGCUUGGUGUCAGGAGUCUGAUGGCUCAAUCCCACAGUCACAGCUCUUGCAGAACUUCCUAAACUCCAGCAGCUGUCCAGAGAUCCAAGGCUAUCUGUACGUGAAGGAGCCUGGACGCAAAUCCUGGAAGAAGCUCUACAUGUUCCUGCGGCGCUCUGGCCUCUACUACUCCACUAAAGGAACGUCCAAGGAGCCCAGACAUCUGCAGCUGCUGGCAGAUCUGGAGGACAGUAACGUCUUCACCAUCAUUACCGGCAAGAAACUCCACAACGCCCCGACAGAUUACCAGUUCUGCAUCAAGCCCAGUAAAGUGAGGAGUGACUGUAAGGAGCUGAAGAUGCUGUGUGCUGAGGACGAGCAGAGCAGGACCUGCUGGAUGACUGCCUUCAGACUGCUAAAGUACGGGAUUUUACUGUAUCAGAACUACAAUGUUCCCCAGCAGCAGAAGUCUAACCUCUCGCAUUUCUCUGCGCCUGUGCGGAGUGUGUCUGAAAACUCCCUGGUGGCCAUGGACUUUUCUGGACGGACCGGCCGCGUCAUCGAGAACCCCGUCGAGGCCCAGAGCGCCGCCCUGGAGGAGGGACAGACUUGGAGGAAACGGAGCCAGCGUAUGAAUGUCCUGGGCAGUCCCAGCCCCCUGCACCCACCCUCUCUCAGCACAGUAAUCCACAGGACACAGCUCUGGUUUCAUGGUCGCAUCAUGAGAGAGGAAGCUCACAAAAUGAUCAUCCAGCAAGGCCAAGUAGACGGGUUGUUCCUGUUGCGGGACAGUCAGAGCAACCCCAAGGCGUUCGUCCUCACCAUGUGCCACCACCAGAAGAUCAAGCACUUCCAGAUCCUACCGUGUGAGGAAGACGGUCAGGUGUUCUUCAGCCUCGACGACGGCAGCACAAAGUUCACUGACCUGAUCCACCUCGUGGAGUUUUACCAGCUCAACAGAGGAGUGCUGCCCUGCAAGCUCAAACACCCCUGCACCGCCGUGGCCUUGUGACCCCGUCCCACCAGCCGGUCUCGCAGCCCUCACUCGGACAACCCGCCCCUGAAAUGCUCUCCCCCUGCCCCACAUGUGGCCCUCCCUCACCAUCACAAAGAGGUUGAGGGCGAGAUUCAAGGUGAAGUCAAGUUGUGUGGAUGUGAAGAACUCAGCAGAGGUGGGCUUCGGGCUUCGCUCCGCCCUACCGCUGUCCCAUGUGGACCCAGCAGUUGCCAAACUCCUGCGUUGUUUUGUCGUGGAAAUUUGGUUGUUUUGUCGUUGAAGUUCGGCGUGCAAGAACAUCGUGAAAAGACAGACUGCUGAGAUCUGGUAAGCCGGAGGGCUGCGGGUCCCCUGGGUGGAUCCCUCCCUCACGUAGUCCUUCCCCAAACCUGACCUCGUAUCCCCGCCGGCCUGAUAAGCUGUAGUGUCCCCCAGCCCUCUUGCACCAAAGCUGGUGGAGAUGGGCCGGGGAGCGCCACCCCUCUGACUUCUGACUCAUCGAUCAUCAGGGAUGGACGGGAACCUCUCUGGGUCUCAUCUGGUUCAAACGGAUCCAGGAGUUUUCUCAACCUGUGCAGUCCAGUCUGGAUAAGCUGACAACCUGUUCACCCUAAGCGGACUUGACGUGGCCUCAGUGAUCGCUACCGUGUCCUAUCCCACAACUCCACAGUCCCCUCCCCACUGCACACACACAUACACACACACACACACACACUGCAAAAACUCAAAAUCUUACCAAGAUUAUUUGUCUUAUUUCAAGUAAAAAUGUCUUAUUCCUAGUCAAAAUAUCUC